AUGUGGGGAGCUCGAAGCGGAUGGGGAGUCCGGGGUGCCCAGCCGGGGCAAAGCUUCACCUGCGGCAGGGGUGGGCGCUGCACGCUGGAUGUGGCAGGGCGCGGCUUGAGCGCUCUCGACCGCGCGAAGAUUGUGAACUUUUCCACGGAUUGCACAGGGGAACCGCAAGAAGCAGGGUUCUUCAAGUCCCUGCUGAUUGCGGACCCGGCACCUGCCACCAGCAGCACCUCCGCCAGGUUCUCCUUGGGACAGGUCACCGCCGGAGGUGUCUUCAAGGUCUGCUACUGCGCUAGCCUAGAUGCCUGCAACUCCCUGGAGGCCUUCAACCACCAGGCUGGCCAGCUCGAAGUGCUGGACCCUCUAUCGGACCUGAGCCUUUUCUCCAGCACUGUGGCCUCCAUCACGGUGCAGGUGCAGAGUCGCCUGCAGGGCAUGGCCUCGCGGAUCCGCUGUGCCAUCUCGGAGUAUGAGCCUUCCUUCAUGCCCAACGGCGCAGACAUCGCCAAUGGCCUGAGCCCCAUUGGCCUUGGCCAGGGAGAGGCGACGGAAGACACUGUGGAUGGGGCCAACUACGUGGAGAUGCACUUCAAGACGUUUGUGAAUCCUUCGCAGCAGUAUAGAGUCUGGUGCGUCGAAAGCUCCGCGCAGUCCUUCAUUCUCCCGCAGACGCCUGGGGGAGUACUCAUCACCACGCCGGCGGACCUCCAAGCCCCACGGUUGCGGGUCUUUCCCAGCUUCCUGUGGCCGCAGGCGUCCUUCUAUGCCGAGUUGUACAAUGUCUACGCCGAAGCCGUGAGCGCUCGAAGGCUGGCCUUUACCGAGGUCAAAGCACGUCCGAAUGUUCGGAAGACCAAGCCCUUGGUGGUGGGCGACCUCACCCUGAAGAUUCGCUCAAAUGGGUUGCGGCACAGGCAGAACUAUUUGGAGCAUUUGGCGGAGUAUGGCUAUGCUGUGGUUCCACAGGUGCUGGGCGCGCAGGAGCUCCAGGUAGCCGAGGAUCUUCUGUGGGACUUCCUCCAUGCCGAGGCGGCGUGGCAGCGCCGGGCGCCGGACACCUGGACGGACGACUCCUUGGCGCGCCUGGGCCAGCCCUGGCGCGGCAUCAUCAACGGCCGCGGGGUUGGCCAAUGCGAUCUUUCCUGGUUCAUCCGAACGCGAGCAAAGGUCCAGCAAGCCUUCGCUGGCAUUUGGGGCACUGACGAGCUGAUCACCUCCUUUGACGGCAUCAACGUAUUUCGCCCCUGGCACGCAGGCUUCUCGAAAACGGAAGGGGGCUGGUUCCACGUGGACCAGGGCGCCACGCAGCAGGGCCGCUGCUGCGUGCAGGGCCUGGUGUCUUUGUACGACCAGAACGAGCGCACGGGCGGGCUCGUAGUCAAGCCCAAAAGCCACCUGCGACACCAGGAGCUUUGCGAGCUCAGCAAAGGCGGCGAGGACUUCAUCGGCGUGCCGGAGGACCAUCCGCUGCUGGAGCUGCCGGAGACCUUGGUGAGCUGCAGAGCGGGGGACCUCGUCCUCUGGGAUAGCCGGUGCCUGCACUGCAACACCCCCGCGAGCGACAUGCCGGACCGGCCCCGCGACGAACUGCUGAGGGCCUGCGUCUACGUGUGCAUGACCCCGAAGGCCUGGUGCCCCGAGAAGGCUUUGGAGCAGCGCCGCAAGGGCUAUGAGCUGCGAGUGACCACCUCCCACUGGCCCCACCGCCACGUCAUGGGCUUCGGCUGGGCCAAAGCGGGGCGACUCUGUCUGGAGGAGGCGCCUUUGGAACGACGGCGCCUCAUCGGAUGA